AUGCCGACCAUGAAGGACGUACUGCGUCAACUGUUUCGGUUAAUUGGUAUCUCCUCAUUGGUAUCGAUCCUUCUAUGGCAGACACGUGAGGGAUUUACGCAGCCUCGUAGUCGGGAAACAUUGGAUAUCUUUCGAAGGAACCAACUCAUGAAGCAGUAUGAGGAAAGUGUUCAAUUCAAUGCGCAUGAACUAAAUUGGACAACUGCGAACAUGGCGAAAGUAUUAAUGUUCAAAGGUCUCGAGCCUGAGACUUACAAAAGCUCGAAUUUGCGAAAUGCAGUCCGGUAUGGUGUCAUGGAACAUGGCACCAAGGAUUCUGAUCUAGGAAGUUUGAUGGAUAAUUGGGUUGCUGACGUUGAGGUCCAUGAUUAUGCAUAUUUGAUCAAUCCACAUCAAAAAUGUGACGUGCCUCCGCAUCUUCCCAAAGCCAUUCUCCUUGUCAUAUGCGUUCUAUCAGCUCCUCAGAAUUGGGAACGACGUGACGUCAUUCGGAGCACCUACGGGAACGAAUCAGUAUGGCCAGCAUCGAGAGAGGGCGCUUCAAUGGUUCGUGUGGUUUUCAUGCUUGGUGCGGUAAAGGAUGUGGCAUUGCAAGCUAGCAUUGAAUCCGAAGCGGCACGCUUUGGUGAUAUCGUGCAAGAGAACUUCGUCGAUUCCUAUCUAAAUCUUACGCGCAAGACGGUCAUGACUUUAAAGUGGGUGACGAAAUUUUGUGGAAAUGCCAUUUUUAUGAUGAAGGCUGACGAUGACAUCAUAUUAAAUGUUCAAAAGGUGACGACCUUUCUACUCCUUUCACCACCUGAGGACUUCACCGCGGGUAAGAAAGGCAAACCCAUCCGAGUGAUGCGGACAAAAAACUCCAAGUACUACACCCCAUACCACGUCUAUAAUUCUACGCACUAUCACCCUUAUUACCUAGGAGGAGCGGGAUAUUUUUUCUCGUUAGACGUUGCGUACAGGAUUUUGGACAUGGCACAACGCAUCCCACUGUUUCCUUGGGAGGAUAUCUUCGUGUCGAACUGCAUGCGCGAGCUCGGAAUACCGAUAACUCGGACGAAAAACUUUGCCUGGGGAAAGUACACGGUGUCGAAUGGAAGGCUCAUCAACGACACCCAAUGUAUAAGGUUUAGGGAUCGAUACCUCGUUGCCAAAGGAUUGCCCGCAAACCAUAUGAUGAAACUGUGGACAUUCACACAAGCAAUGACGUAA